GAAUAGUGGCUUUUGAAUUACUGAACCAGCCACACAUGAAUAUUUCCUCACCAAACUAACGCAGAGCGCAGAUAGAACCGGAGACGAAGAAGAAGAACUCAUGGCGGCUUCCAAAUUACAAGCUCUGUGGAAUCACCCAGCCGGACCCAAAACCAUUCACUUUUGGGCACCAACAUUUAAAUGGGGCAUCAGCAUUGCUAAUAUUGCCGAUUUCUCUAAACCUCCUGAAAAACUUUCAUAUCCUCAGCAAAUAGCGGUUACAGCCACUGGGCUUAUAUGGUCACGCUACAGCACUGUAAUCACACCGAAAAACUGGAAUCUGUUUAGUGUAAACGUUGCAAUGGCUGCAACAGGUCUCUACCAACUAUCACGCAAAUUACAGCAUGAUUACUUUCCAGAGGCAGAAGCUGCUGCUGCAAAAGAAUGAUGAUGAAAAUCUGCUCAACUUCCUUUUAUGCCCUGCAGUAUUAAAGCCACAUUGCCUUCUUGCCUAAAAAGUAGUUGAACAUUUCUGUCUGUUAUUGAUAUUUGUUCCUUUGGGGCUUUGGAUGCUUGAGAAUACUAUGAUGCAGAAAUUGUAGGUGAAAGUUCACUAUUGUGCUUAAAAGGCCAUUAUGAACCGUUAAGUGAGUGAUUGACCAAUAAAUUUAAGUUAAAAACA